UGACUAAGAGCAACUACGCCGACAAUCAGUUAGUUUUACGGCGAUGCCACCUGGUGUCUUAGCCGAUGAUAGCCGUGCCAAUUCCACCGAUGACAUACAAAUUGCUCUCGCACCACACAUACAAUCGUAUUUAAGUCAAACGGGUCGCCGUCAUUCCUGUUGUAGCGUCAUGUUACCGGUGGCAUUUGAGCGAGCCGCCUCUAGUUCAUGGCUGGAUCCGAAAUUUGAUUCGCCCGUGCUAGAGGGACAAUUUAAAACUAGUGUUUUUCCACAUAUACGCAUGAGAUAUAGAUUUAGUCUUUACUACAUUUUACUAUGUUCGAUAGUUUGGUUUCUUUAUUUUCUGAUAGAUGGUGGUUCUGAGGUUUUAUGGCGUCCUAUCUCAAGUUCCUUUUCCCUGUUGUCGCUAUUUAUCAUUAUGGCGAUGUGUUUUACUCAUUGGGAUAUAUAUCGAGCUCAUCACGUAGCCACAUCGGCUACAACAGCUGCCAUUUUAUGUGCUGCCUCAUUAAUUUUUCUUACCUGCACUAAAAGAGCUUUCAGUCCUUUGGGUCAUUUUGCCAUAUGUUUAGAGAUCGUUUUACUUAUUUACACAGCUCUACCUAUGAAAUUAUGGCUGAGUGCUUCAAUUGCUGUCACUUAUACGGUGUUAUUUGAGAUUGUUACUCACGUGGUAGUAGCCAAUCAUGCUGUUCAUGGCCAUGCCUCCGAAUUCAGUUACAAAAUACUAACAUUACGAAUUUUAUGCCAUUUAUGCGUACAUUUGGUGGGUUUGCACGUUUUAAUUAUGAAUUUAGUGCGCAUGCGCGGCACCUUCAUGAAAGUUGGGCAAAACCUACUGGUGCGCCGUCAACUGGAAAUGGAAAAGCAACUUAAAGAGAAAAUGAUCCAUUCGGUAAUGCCUCCAAAAGUGGCUGAUAUGCUAUUAAAUGAGGGUGGAAUUGAUGGUAGUAAUGAAUGUGCGUUGAGGCGCGAAUCGCAUAUGAAGCCUCGAGCCUCGAAUGACGUCAAAUCUCUGUUUCGGCCAUUUCAUAUGCACAGCAUGGAAAAUGUAAGCAUUCUUUUCGCUGAUAUUGUGGGCUUCACCCGAAUGUCAUCGACUAAAACUGCUGAGCAGUUGGUUGAAAUUUUGAAUGAUCUCUUUGAACGUUUCGAUGACUUGUGCACCUUGAAUGGCUGCGAGAAGAUUUCAACAUUAGGCGAUUGUUAUUAUUGUGUAUCUGGAUGCCCAGAACCAAGGCCUGAUCAUGCUGUGUGCUGCGUUGAAAUGGGCUUGGGAAUGAUAGACGCUAUGCGUUGCUUUGAUGCUCAAAGACAUGAAGGUGUGAAAAUGCGUGUAGGAGUUCAUACUGGUACAGUGCUAUGUGGUAUUGUAGGGACUAGACGGGUCAAAUUUGAUGUUUGGAGUAACGAUGUUACCUUAGCCAAUAAAAUGGAAUCAUCUGGCAAACCAGAGCAGGUUCACAUAUCAGAAGAGACUGCUAGUUUUUUAGGAGAGGCGUACUUCUUAGAAGAAGGCGAAGAGGUCUUCGGACAUCGUACUUAUUUUGUGGUAGGUCGACGAAAAGAUGCAUCGCGAGCGAACAGUAUAAGUCCCAGUAUACAAGCCAAUUCAUCAAAUAGCCACUUGCUCUUGCCCGGUUUACCCGGUCAACCCAUGUCCUUAUCGCAGAGUGCUACUAAUAUAUCUGUAAUUCAGCCAAAUGUUCCUCCAGCAUCCCCAGUGGGCCAAUUAUCAUCUUCUUUGAAUCCUUCUCCGGUACUCUCUCUAAGGCCAAGACUUACUUCGCUAAGCAUGAAAAUACGCAAAAAAUCGCAAACGAAAGAGCCUGAUAUAGAGCGGGGUAUUACACAUCCUGCAGUUUCAGGCGUACCACCAGUGAUUGUAAUGCGUGAACGACCAAAGAUUAUUAUAACCACAAAAAGUUUACCGGAGAGUUUAGAUAAAGAGCAAAUAGAUGGCGAAGAACCGAUCAAUGAUGACAUUAUUAUUGGUAACGGCACAAGUAAAUCUCAUGCUGCCGUUACACCCAUACGACCUAAAAUACGUCUAAAAGUUUGGAAAGUUCCUAAAUUUCUUAAAAAGCUCGAAGAUAUAACAAAACCGGCAGAAAAGUCUCAUAACCCAGAGGUCAGUAUCAGUCUUAUGAAUGCUUCUCCUACGAAACCGAUCAAUAAUAUCGAAGAGACAGUAGCAUUUAUUGAACCCAAUAAUCAACAACUUCCGGCAGCAGUAGAGAUAAACAAACCGAAUCCGAAUAUGCUAGAAAUUCCGCAGAAACCCGGAACGCAUAAUGUUGGCUGCACAACUAUUGCAAAUGCGAACCGUUCUCCUGAUAACAGCUCUUGCUCGCCAGGCCAAUAUUCUAUGUUUGAUGACGUUAUUGACAUACGCUCAUACAUAAGUCAAUCGCGUAGUGAUAUUUCGCCAUUUGGUCGUUCCGGCAGUUCUAGAUCAAAAUGUGGCUACAGUGGACCAUCUGAAUCUUCACCAGUACCUAGACAAAGAGCUUUUACUCUCAAUGCAAGUCGCGUUGAAUCUUUACCUGCCAAUCAGUCAACAACAGUGCCAGACACAGUUACACCUCUUCAACCAACGCAUUCUCGUAAUUCAAGCAUAUGGCCUGAUGGUCUAAGCAUUUGCCCAUCAGCCACUUCACGAAAAGAUUCGGGCAUCAAGAGCAAUUCACGAAGAUCCUCUAUACAACAACAAAUUUAUGCACUCAAUCAAACCACCACUAUAAGUCAACAUCGAGUUUCAGGGUAUUUUACCAGCUCAACAUCGAGUAUAUCUAAUCUAGGUGAAGCUGCUGUAUUGCCACAUGUACCUCUUCCUCCAAUACCUCAGCCAACACCGCAAGUGGCCGAUCCUUUAGCUGCUUGUCUACAGCAGUUGCGCAAACAAUCUGAUCUGCAACUUAUUAGAUGCGUACGAGACAAUGCGAAGUCUCAGCGAAGUUAUCUAGUCAAACCACCGCUUAAGAAAUUUAGCCUUUACUUCAAAUCCCGCCAAAUGGAAAGAGACUUUCGCUCUAAAGCUCAUCGAUUCGGUAAUGAAAAUGAAACAGAAGGUCCACCCACGUUGGCUACACCUCGCUACAACACAUACAUCGAUAUAUUUGUUGGUCUCGCUGUGUACCUUUGCAUAUCCAUCUCUCUCUUUUUGAUGACUCCGAGCACUGUCACGCCCAGUUUUCGUCUAUGGGUUUCGCUUUUCACAUGUUUUACAGCCAUCCAAACAUUCGCUUUAUUUCUAUUUACACGACAAAUGUGUCGACGACAUUCUGCACAAGCACGAAGCAAAGCUAACAAUUCCGUAUCGUGUGCCGAUCGUUUAUUUGAAUCCAUCUCCAGCUGGUAUCCUUGGCACAUAUGCCUGGCCGUACUUAUGGCCAUGCCGGUCAUUUUAAUAAUAGCAAACUUCCUGUUACUUGACUUAAAUCAAUUAGAAGCUUUUGAAUACCAUUAUGGCUUUCUUAUCUUUGUUUGCAUAGUGCACUUUUGCAAUUUCACUCAACUUAAUUGUUGGAUGCGCAACAUAUUGGCAUUCUUGGCAGCUCUCUGUUUCGUCGCGAUUGCUGUAUCUCAACUGGUAGUCUAUUCGAAUCGUUCCGAUGCAACUGAAGAAUCUGCAAUCUUGAAUUCAACUAAGACACCGAUAACAUCACGAGAAAUUGCCACAUUUCUUAUAGAGGAAAUUAAAUGGUUCCACGACUAUCAUGUUGAAAUCUAUUUGGAUUUAUUUUUAAUUCUAGUGCUUGUUUGGUUUUUGAAUCGGGAAUUUGAAAUCGGUUAUCGUCUGACUUUUUACGGUAACGCGGUGGCCAACCAAGACAAAAUCCGAGUACAAAAUAUGAAAAAUCAAGCGGAUAUGCUAUUACAUAAUAUUAUACCGAAACAUGUUGCCGAACAAUUGAAAAAUACCGCCAAAUAUUCGGAAAAUCAUCAUAACGUUGCUAUCAUUUUCGCCUCGAUUGUUAACUUUAACGAAAUGUACGAUGAAAGUUAUUUGGGUGGCAAAGAGUAUUUACGUGUUCUUAAUGAAUUGAUAGGCGAUUUCGAUGAAUUGCUAUCACGACCCGAAUUCAAAUGUGUUGAAAAAAUUAAAACCAUUGGUUCAACAUUUAUGGCCGCUAGUGGCCUAGAUCCCUCUUAUCGGGGUGAAAGUAACGAACAUAUUCAUGCUUUAAUGGAAUUCUCCAUAGCAAUGCAAGAUGUUGUAGAUGCAUUCAACAAAGAUCUAUUAGAAUUUAAUUUAAUCUUACGCAUCGGCUUUAAUGUGGGUGAUGUAACGGCUGGCGUCAUAGGCACCAGUAAACUUCACUAUGACAUUUGGGGUGAUGCAGUUAAUGUCGCCUCACGUAUGGACUCGACAGGUGUAGCGAAUCGUAUACAAAUCGGUAAAGAAUGUUUCAAUUUUCUAGACACAAAGUAUCAAUUUGAGCCUAGGGGCAGUGUCUAUGUUAAAGGUAAAGAUAAUAUGGAAGUAUAUUUGUUUACGCUCAGAAAGCCCGAUUUGUUAGGCGACGAUGAAGAGACCGACGAGCAUAGAAAUUCCUUAGUUGAAAAUUUCAACCACAAACAAAAUGGUUUAUUGGGUUAACAACUAAAACACAUGAAAAUAGCACAUCAACCAGAAUUCGUCAAAUAAAUGUGUUGAUAGUUUUCUUUAAAGACGCUCAAAAAAGAGAAGUUCUUGUUUUUGUUUAAUAUAUUUUGCCAAAGGAUUAAGAAAAGCAAAAAAAAAACAAAAA